GGGCUCCGUCCGCGGCGCCAUGGACGACCUGCGGGUGCAGUGGAUGCGCGACCGGGUGUACACGGCCUUGGGCCUCACAGACCCGCAGCUCUUCGAGGAGCUGUUGACCCGCGAGGACGGCGAGGCCGAGGACCUGAUCCUGCACUUUCUCAACAAGACCAGCGAGGAGGAGGGCGCCUCCACGCUCUUCUUCUACCGCAAGGUGGUGCCCGAGGAGGUGGAGGUGGAGGUGGACAACGGUGAGCCGCCGCCGCCCCAGGCCUGGGCCCCCCUCGGGCCCGCGCCCCCCUCCGGCCCGGGCCCCCCCCUCCACGAUCUUUCCGCCACGGAGGGGGAGGAAGAGGAGGAGGAAGAGACGAAGUUUCAGAAGCGCGAGUCCGUGGACAGAGAGUCAGCUAAGGGUAGGCAGUCGAGAGCCAAUUCCAUGACUCAGUCCGUGAUGAUCACAGAGGAUGACGACUGGGGCCGAGAGAGGUUGGGCCGCAGGCUCACCAAGAGGAUCGUUAAGCACAUUGUGGACAAGACGCAUCUCCACGUGCUCUGCACUCCUGUCCCCGAGGAGUUUCUGGCCCAGAACGUGGUGUUUUUCCUGAGAAACACAAAAGAGACCAUCUCGGAAGCCAGCUACAUGAAGGAAGCUAUGGACAUCAUGCCCGAGACGCUGGAGUACGGCAUCCUAAACUCGAACAUUCUCCACUUCCUCAGAGACAUUGUCUGUCAGGUCUUCUUGCCGGCGCUGUCCUUCAAUCAGCACAAGGAGGCGAGCUCGGCUUUGCCACCAGGAGACAUGCUGGACCCCACGGACCCGGACGCGGACCUCCUGAGCGUGGCCGGGGAGACGGUGGAAUACCACGGCAUUCAGCUAAUACGGGACGAGUUCUUAAUGAACCUCCAGAAAUUCUCAAACAACAUCCAGCGCACAGUGCAGCAGCUGGAAGGGGAGAUCAAGUUGGAAAUGCCCUCCAUCAGCGUGGAGGGCGAGGUGUCCGCCUUGGCUGCAGACCCGGAGAUUGUGGAGGCCUUGGAGCAGUGUGUCAUCAACUGGCUGGGCCAGAUCUCCAUGGCCGUGGAGGGCCAGCUGAGGAAGACCCCGCAGGGUAACGGUCCUCUGGCCGAAAUCGAGUUCUGGAGGGAGAGGAAUGCCACGCUGAGCGCCCUCCACGAGCAGACCAAGCUCCCGCUGGUCAGGAAGGUGCUGGAGGUGAUCAAGGAGUCGGACUCCCUGCUCGUGGCCAACCUGCAGCCGGUGCUGACGGACCUCUUCAAGCUGCACAUGGAGGCCUCGGACAACGUGCGCUUCCUGUCCACCGUGGAGCGCCACUUCAAGAACAUCACGCACGGCUCCAGCUUCCACGUGGUCCUGGAGACCAUCCCCUCCAUGAUGAGUGCGCUGCGCAUGGUGUGGAUCAUCUCGCGGCACUACAACAAGGACGAGCGCAUGAUCCCCCUCAUGGAGCGCAUCGCCUGGGAGAUCGCCGAGCGCGUAUGCAGGGUGGUGAACCUGCGCACCCUGUUCAAGGAAAACCGGGCGAUUGCCCAGAACAAAACGCUGGAGGCCAAGAACACGCUGGACCUGUGGAAGAAGGCCUACUUCGACACCAGGGCCAAGAUCGAGGCCUCGGGGCGGGAGGCCCGGUGGGAGUUUGACCGGAAGCGGCUGUUUGAGAGGACGGACUACAUGUCCACCAUCUGCCAGGAUCUCUACGACGUCCUGCAGGUGAUGGAGGAGUUUUAUAACAUAUUUGGUCCAGAACUGAAGGCCGUGACGGGGGACCCCAAGCGCAUCGACGACGUCCUGUGCAGAGUGGACAACCUGGUCACCCCCAUGGAGAGCCUGACCUUUGACCCCUUCUCCAUCACGUCCUUGCCCUACUGGAAGUAUGUGAUGGACGACUUCAAGAUCGAAGUUCUGGUUAUUGAGAAAGAAGCAAAAAAUUUCAUUGACGAGUCUUUUAAGACGCUGCGAUCGGCUGAAGCAGCAUUUGACAUGCUUCUAAAGUUCAAGCACAUCCGCUCACGGGAGGCCAUCAAUCGGCAGAUGAUGAUGAAGUUCAAUGACAUCCUCGUGCAGUACUGCAAAGAGAUCGACAUCGUCAACAGGAUCUUCGUCCAGAACCACGAGAACCCGCCGCUGUACAAGAACCACCCGCCCGUGGCGGGCGCCAUCUACUGGGAGCGCUCCCUGUUCCACCGCAUCAAGCACACCAUCCUGCGCUUCCAGGAGGUGCAGGAGAUCAUGGAGAGCGAGCGGGGCGAGGAGGUGAGACUGAAGUACCUGGAAGUGGGCAGGACGAUGAAGGACUACGAGGACCGGAAGUACGAGCAGUGGAGGGAAACGACGGAGCAGCUGCUGCCCACGCUCAUGAAGAAGAGCCUGCUCAUGAAGGUUUCUGCCAACCCUGAGGACGGCGCCGAGAGCUCCGACAGGGGCAUCACGUUUGCCAUCAAUUUCCCAUUCGCGCUCAGGGAGAUCAUCAAUGAAACCAAGUACCUGGAGCAGCUGGGCUUUCCCAUCCCCGAGUUAGCCAGGAACGUGGCCCUGCAGGAGGACAAAUUCCUCAGGUACACGGAGGGCAUCCAGAACAUGCUGGACCACUACCACAUGCUGGUCGGGACGCUGAACAGCGCCGAGACCGUCCUGCUGGACGACCACUCGCAGGAGCUGCUCCGCGCGUUCCGCUCCGGGUUCAAGAGGCUGAACUGGAACUCGCUAGGGAUUUCUGACUACAUAACGCGGUGCAAGCAGGCCAUCGGCAAGUUCGAGUCCCUGGUCCACCAGAUCCACAAGAAUGCGGACGACAUCGCCUCCCGGCUCAAGCUGAUCGAGUCCAUCAACCUCUUCAAGUUCCCGCUGCCCAAGGCCGAGGAGGAGCUCCCAGGCGUGAAGGAGUUCUUCGAGCACAUCGACCGGGAGAGGACCAAGGACGUGGACUACAUGGUCCGGUGGUACCUGGCCAUCGGGCCGCUGCUGACCAAGGUCGAGGGCCUGGUCAUCCACACCAACACGGGCAAGGCGCCCAAGCUGGCCUCCUACUACGAGUACUGGGAGAGCCGGGUCUACGAGGUGCUCAACAAGCUCAUCCUCAAGAACCUGCAGACCUUCAACUCCCUCAUCCUGGGCAACACGCCUCUGUUCCAAACGGAAACCAUCCUCACGGCCCCGGAGAUCAUCCUGCACCCCAAUGCCAACGAGAUCGACAAGAUGUGCGUGCACUGCGCCCGCAACUGCGUGGAGGUCACCCGGAACUUCGUCCGCUGGAUGAAUGGCAGCUGCAUCGAGUGCCCCCCGCAGAAGGGCGAGGAGGAGGAAGUGGUGACCGUCACCUUCUACAACGACAUCUCCCUGAACCCGCAGAUCAUCGAGCAGGCGCUCAUGAUCCCGCAGAACGUCCACCGGAUCCUGGUCAACCUCACCAAGUACCUGCAGAAGUGGAAGAAGUACCGGCCGCUCUGGAAGCUGGACAAGGCCAUCGUGAUGGAGAAGUUUGCCGCCAAGAAGCCCCCGUGCGUGGCCUACGACGAGAAGCUGCAGUUCUACACGAAGAUCGCCCAGGAAGUGAUGCGCCAGCCCCUGGUCAAGGAGGAGCACUGCGUGCGGCUGCAGCUGGGCCAGCUGGCGCACACGGUGCAGGAGAGCGCCAAGGCCUGGGUCGCCUCGCUCGGGAAGCUGCUCAACGAGUCGGCCCGGGAGGAACUGCACAGCCUCUACGAGGAGAUGGAGGUUCUGGGCAGAAACCUGAAGAAGAGCCCCAGCACCCUGGAGGACCUCAAGUUUGUCCUCGGGACCAUUGCGGAAGUGAGGAGCAAGUCCCUGGUCAUGGAGCUGAGGUACAGGGACGUCCAGGAGCGGUACCGCACCAUGGCCAUGUACAACCUGCACCCCUCCAGCUCGGAGAAGGAGCUGGCGGACAAGAUUGAGAGCAUGUGGGAGGAACUGUUCACCAACUCGGUGAACGCGGAGCACGCUCUCGGCAGCAUCAAGAGGACCUUCACGGAGAUCACCCGAAGUGAGAUCCUGAACUUCAGGCAGCAGAUCGAGGACUUUGCCAAACGGUUUUACCUCGAAGGCCCCGGCUCGGUGGGGGAAGAUCUGGACAGCGGCAUGGAGCUCUUGGGCAGCUUCGAGAGGGAGCUGGGCCGGCACGAGAAGAACCGCCAGGAGCUGGCCAACGCGGAGAAGCUCUUCGACCUGCCGAUCACCAUGUACCCGGAGCUGCUGAAGGUGCAGAAGGAGAUGACGGGGCUGCGCAUGAUCUACGAGCUCUACGAGUCGCUGAAGGUGGCGAAGGAGGAGUGGUCGCAGACGCUCUGGAUCAACCUGAACGUGCAGUUCCUGCAGGAGGGUAUCGAGGGCUUCCUGCGCACCCUGCGCAAGUUCCCUCGCAUGGUCCGCAACCUGGCCGUGGCCUUCCACCUGGAGGCGAAGAUGAAGGCCUUCAAGGACUCCAUCCCCCUGCUGCUGGACCUCAAGCACGAGGCACUGCGGGACAGGCACUGGAAGGAGCUCAUGGAAAAGACAGGCGUGUAUUUCGAGAUGACCGAGACGUUCACCCUGGAGAACAUGUUCGCCAUGGAGCUCGACAAGCAUGCAGACGUCCUCAACGAGAUCGUCACGGCGGCCAUCAAGGAGAUCGCCAUCGAGAAGGCCGUGAAGGAGAUCCUGGACACGUGGGAGAGCAUGAAGUUCUCCGUGGUCAAGUACUUCAAGGGCACGCAGGAGCGCGGCUACAUCCUGGGCUCCGUGGACGAGAUCAUCCAGUGCCUGGACGACAACACGUUCAACCUGCAGAGCAUCUCGGGCAGCCGCUUCGUGGGGCCCUUCCUGCAGACGGUGCACAAGUGGGAGAAGACGCUCUCUCUCAUCGGCGAGGUCAUCGAGAUCUGGAUGCUGGUGCAGAGGAAGUGGAUGUACCUGGAGAGCAUCUUCAUCGGCGGAGACAUCCGCUCGCAGCUGCCGGAGGAGGCCAAGAAAUUCGACAACAUCGACAAAGUGUUUAAAAGGAUCAUGGGCGAGACCUUGAAAGACCCCGUGAUCAAGAGAUGCUGCGAGGCCCCGAACCGCCUCUCGGACCUGCAGCACAUCAGCGAGGGCCUGGAGAAGUGCCAGAAGAGCCUCAACGACUACCUGGACUCCAAGCGCAACGCGUUCCCUCGCUUCUUCUUCAUCUCCGACGACGAGCUGCUCAGCAUUCUGGGCAGCAGCGACCCACUCUGCGUCCAGGAGCACAUGAUCAAGAUGUAUGACAACAUAGCGGCGCUGAGGUUCCAGGACGGGGACAGCGGGGAGAAGCUGGUGUCCGCCAUGAUCUCCGCGGAGGGGGAGGUCAUGGAGUUCCGCAGGACGGUGCGGGCCGAGGGGCGCGUGGAGGACUGGAUGACGGCGGUUCUGAACGAGAUGCGCAGAACCAACAGGCUCAUCACCAAAGAGGCCAUUUACAGAUACUGUGAGGACAGAAGCAGGGUGGACUGGAUGCUGCUGUACCAGGGCAUGAUGGUGCUGGCCGCCUGCCAGGUGUGGUGGACCUGGGAGGUGGAGGACGUCUUCCACCAGGUGCAGAAGGGCGAGAAGCACGCCAUGAAGUCCUUCGGCAGGAAGAUGCACCGGCAGAUCGACGAGCUGGUCACGCGCAUCACCAUGCAGCUGAAGAAGAACGACCGCAAGAAGUACAACACGGAGCUCAUCAUCGACGUGCACGCCCGCGACAUCGUGGACUCGUUCAUCAGGGCCAGCAUCCUGGACGCCCAGGAGUUCGAGUGGGAAAGCCAGCUGCGCUUUUACUGGGACCGCGAGCCGGACGAGCUGAACAUCCGCCAGUGCACGGGCACCUUCGGCUACGGCUACGAGUACAUGGGGCUGAACGGGCGGCUGGUCAUCACGCCCCUCACUGACCGCAUCUACCUGACGCUGACCCAGGCGCUGUCCAUGUAUCUGGGAGGGGCCCCCGCCGGCCCCGCAGGGACUGGCAAAACCGAGACCACCAAGGACCUGGCCAAAGCCCUGGGUUUGCUCUGUGUUGUGACCAACUGCGGCGAAGGCAUGGACUACAAAGCCGUCGGAAAGAUCUUCUCCGGCCUUGCUCAGUGUGGGGCCUGGGGCUGCUUCGAUGAGUUUAACCGGAUCGACGCUUCUGUGCUGUCCGUCAUCUCGUCUCAGAUCCAGACGAUCCGGAACGCCCUGAUGCACCAGCUCACCACGUUCCAGUUUGAAGGGCAGGAGAUCUCGCUGGACUCGCGCAUGGGCAUCUUCAUCACCAUGAACCCCGGCUACGCCGGCCGCACGGAGCUGCCCGAAUCGGUGAAGGCGCUCUUCAGGCCCGUGGUGGUGAUCGUGCCCGACCUGCAGCAGAUCUGCGAGAUCAUGCUCUUCUCCGAGGGCUUCCUGGCGGCCAAGACUCUGGCCAAGAAGAUGACUGUCCUGUACAAGCUGGCGCGGGAGCAGCUCUCCAAGCAGCAUCACUACGACUUCGGGCUCCGAGCCCUGAAGUCGGUGCUGGUCAUGGCGGGCGAGCUGAAGAGAGGCUCUUCUGAGCUGAAGGAGGAUGUGGUGCUGAUGCGGGCGCUUCGCGACAUGAACCUGCCCAAGUUCGUCUUCGAGGACGUCCCUCUGUUCCUCGGCCUGAUCUCCGACCUGUUUCCCGGGAUGGACUGCCCGCGCGUGCGCUACCCGAGCUUCAACGACGCGGUAGAGCAGGUGUUCGAGGAGAAUGGCUUUGUGAUCCUGCCGGUGCAGGUGGAUAAAGUCAUUCAGAUGUACGAGACCAUGCUAACCCGCCACACGACGAUGGUGGUGGGGCCCACGGGAGGCGGCAAGUCCGUGGUCAUCAACACCCUGUGCCAGGCGCAGACCAAGCUGGGCCUGACCACCAAGCUGUACAUCCUGAACCCCAAGGCCGUGAGCGUCAUCGAGCUCUACGGCAUCCUGGACCCCACCACCCGCGACUGGACGGACGGCGUGCUGUCCAACAUCUUCCGGGAGAUCAACAAGCCGACGGACAAGAAGGAGCGCAAGUACAUCUUGUUCGAUGGCGACGUGGACGCGCUGUGGGUGGAGAACAUGAACUCCGUGAUGGACGACAACAAGCUGCUGACGCUGGCCAACGGCGAGCGCAUCCGGCUGCAGGCGCACUGCGCCCUGCUCUUCGAGGUGGGAGACCUGCAGUACGCCUCCCCUGCCACUGUGUCCCGCUGCGGAAUGGUCUACGUGGACCCCAAGAACCUGAAGUACCAGCCCUACUGGAAGAAAUGGGUCCAGCAAAUACAGAACAAGGUGGAGCAGAGCGAACUGCAGAACCUUUUCGAGAAGUACGUGCCCUACCUCAUCGAUGUGAUCGUGGAGGGCAUCAUGGACGGGAAGCAGGGGGAGAAGCUGAAGAUGAUCGUCCCGCAGACGGACCUGAACAUGGUGACCCAGCUGACCAAGAUGCUGGACGCGUUCCUCGAAGGGGAGAUCGAGGACCCCGACCUGCUGGAGUGCUUCUUCCUGGAGGCGCUGUACUGCUCGCUGGGCGCCUGCCUGCUGGACUUCGGCCGCGUCCGGUUCGACGAGUGCAUCAAGCGCAUCGCCUCGCUGCCUUCUGCCGAGCAGGACGGGGUGUGGGCCCGACCCGGGGAGCUGCCAGCUCAGCUCCCGACCCUGUACGACUUCCACUUCGAUCCCGCCCAGAAGAGGUGGGUCCCAUGGAGCAGGCUGGUCCCCGAGUACGUGCACUCCCGCGAGAAGAGGUUCAUCGAGAUCCUGGUUCACACGGUGGACACCACCCGCACAACCUGGGUGCUGGAGCGCCUGGUCAAGAUCAAGCAUCCCGUUCUCCUGGUCGGCGAGUCUGGUACCUCGAAGACAGCCACCACCCAGAACUUCCUCAAAAACCUGAGCGAGGAGACGAACAUUGUGCUGAUUGUCAACUUCUCCUCUCGCACCACCUCCCUGGACAUCCAGAGGAACUUAGAAGCCAACGUGGAAAAGCGCACCAAGGACACCUACGGGCCCCCCAUGGGAAAACGCCUGCUGGUGUUCAUGGACGACAUGAAUAUGCCCAAGGUGGACGAGUACGGCACGCAGCAGCCCAUCGCCCUGCUGAAGCUGCUGCUGGAGAAGGGCUUCCUGUACGACCGCGGCAAGGAGCUCAACUGCAAGAGCAUCCGCGACCUGGGCUUCAUCGCCGCCAUGGGCAAGGCGGGCGGCGGCCGCAACGAGGUGGACCCGCGCUUCCUCUCGCUGUUCAGCGUCUUCAACGUGCCGUUCCCCUCGGAGGCGUCCCUGCACCUCAUCUACUUCUCCAUCCUGAGGGGCCACACCUCGGUGUUUCAUGAGAGCAUCAUCGCCGUGAGCAACAGGCUGACGCGCUGCACGCUGCAGCUCUACACGGACAUCGUGCAGGACCUGCCGCCCACCCCGUCCAAGUUCCACUACAUCUUCAACCUGCGCGACCUCUCGCGGGUCUUCCAAGGGCUGGUGCUCACCAAGCCUGAGCGCUUCCAGACGGUGGCUCAGAUGGUGCGAGUCUGGAGGAACGAGUGUCUGCGGGUCUUCCACGACCGGCUGAUCAACGAGGAGGACAAGGAGCUGGUGCAAGAGUACAUCGCGGACCUGGUCACGGAGUACUUCAAGGACGACGAGGAGGUGGUGCUGAGGGACCCCAUCCUGUUCGGAGACUUCCGCAUGGCGCUGCUGGAGGAGGAGGAGCGCAUUUACGAGGACAUCCAGGACUACGAGGCGGCCAAGGCUCUGUUCCAGGAGAUCCUGGAGGAGUACAACGAGAGCAACACCCGGAUGGACCUGGUGCUCUUCGACGACGCACUGGAGCACCUGACGCGCGUGCACCGCAUCAUCCGCCUGGACCGCGGCCACGCGCUGCUGGUGGGCGUCGGCGGCUCCGGGAAGCAGUCCCUGGCCCGGCUGGCCGCCUUCACGGCCGGCUACGAGGUGUUUGAGAUCCUCCUGAGCCGUGGCUACUCGGAGACCAACUUCCGGGAAGACCUGAAGAGUCUCUACAUGAGUCUGGGCAUCGAGAACAAGACGACCAUCUUCCUGUUCACGGACGCGCACGUGGUGGAGGAGGGCUUCCUGGAGCUCAUCAACAACAUGCUCACCUCAGGCAUCGUGCCCGCGCUCUUCGGCGAAGAGGAGAAGGAGUCCAUCCUCAGCCAGAUUGGCACGGAGGCGCAGAAGCAGGGCAUCGGGCCGGCCAAGGAGUCCGUGUGGCAGUACUUCGUGAACAAGAGUGCCAACAACCUGCACAUCGUCCUGGGCAUGUCGCCUGUGGGCGACACCCUGCGGACCUGGUGCCGCAACUUCCCAGGUCUGGUGAAUAACACGGGCAUUGACUGGUUCAUGCCCUGGCCGCCCCAGGCCCUGCACGCGGUCGCCAAGUCAUUUCUAGGGCCUAACACGAUGAUCCCAGAAGAGCACAUAGAAGACCUGGUGGAACACGUGGUGCUGGUCCACGGGUCCGUGGGCGAGUUCAGCAAACAGUUUCUGCAGAAGCUGAGGCGCAGCAACUACGUCACCCCCAAGAACUACCUGGACUUCAUUAGCACGUACUCCAAGUUACUGGACGAGAAAACGCAGUUCAACAUAGCUCAGUGCAAGCGGCUGGAGGGUGGGCUGGACAAGCUGAAGGAGGCCUCCAUCCAGCUGGACGAGCUGAACAGGAAGCUGGCCGAGCAGAAGAUCGUGCUGGCCGAGAAGUCCAGCGCCUGCGAGGCCCUGCUGGAAGAGAUCGCCACCAACACGGCCAUCGCCGAGGAGAAGAAGAAGCUGGCGGAGGAGAAGGCCAUGGACAUCGAGGAGCAGAACAAGAUCAUCGCCGUGGAGAAGGCCGAAGCCGAGACGGCCCUCGCCGAGGUCAUGCCCAUUCUGGAGGCGGCCAAGCUGGAGCUGCAGAAGCUGGACAAGUCGGACGUGACCGAGAUCAGGUCGUUCGCGAAGCCCCCGAAGCAGGUGCAGACGGUGUGCGAGUGCAUCCUCAUCAUGAAGGGCUACAAGGAGCUCAACUGGAAGACCGCCAAGGGCAUGAUGUCCGACCCCAACUUCCUGCGCUCGCUCAUGGAGAUCGACUUCGACUCCAUCACGCAGGGCCAAGUGAAGAACAUCCGCAGCCUCCUGAAGACGCUCAACACCACCAUUGAGGAGAUGGAGGCCGUGAGCAAGGCCGGCCUGGGGAUGCUCAAGUUCGUGGAGGCCGUGAUGGGCUACUGCGACGUGUUCAAGGAAAUCAAGCCCAAGAGGGAGAAGGUGGCCAGGCUGGAGCGCAACUUCUUCCUCACGAAGCGGGAGCUGGAGAAGAUCCAGAACGAGCUGGCCGCCAUCCAGAGAGAGCUGGAGGCCCUGGGCGCCAAGUACGAGGCGGCCAUCCUGGAGAAGCAGAAGCUGCAGGAGGAGGCGGAGAUCAUGGAGCGCCGGCUCAUCGCGGCCGACAAGCUCAUCUCGGGGCUGGGCUCCGAGAACAUCAGGUGGCUGAGGGACCUGGACGAGCUGAUGCACCGGCGCGUCCGGCUGCUGGGCGACUGCCUGCUGUGCGCCGCCUUCCUGAGCUACGAGGGCGCCUUCACCUGGGAGUUCCGCAACGAGAUGGUGAACCAGGUGUGGCAGCGCGACAUCAUGGACCGGGAGAUCCCCCUGAGCUCCCCCUUCCGCCUGGAGAGCCUGCUCACGGACGACGUGGAGAUCAGCAGGUGGGGCUCCCAGGGCCUGCCCCCCGACGAGCUGUCCGUCCAGAACGGCAUCCUCACCACGCGGGCCAGCCGCUUCCCGCUCUGCAUCGACCCCCAGCAGCAGGCACUCAACUGGAUAAAGAGGAAGGAGGAGAAGAACAACCUGCGGGUCGCCUCCUUCAACGACCCGGACUUCCUCAAGCAGCUGGAGAUGGCCAUCAAGUACGGCACGCCCUUCCUCUUCCACGACGUGGACGAAUACAUCGACCCCGUGAUCGACAGCGUCCUGGAGAAGAACAUCAAGGUGUCCCAGGGCCGGCAGUUCAUCAUCCUGGGCGACAAGGAGGUGGACUACGACUCCAACUUCCGGCUCUACCUCACCACCAAGCUGGCCAACCCCCGCUACACGCCGUCCGUGUUCGGCAAGGCCAUGGUCAUCAACUACACCGUCACUCUGAAGGGCCUGGAGGACCAGCUGCUGAGCGUGCUGGUGGCCUUCGAGAGGCACGAGCUGGAGGAGCAGCGGGAGCACCUCAUCCAGGAGACGAGCGAGAACAAGAACCUGCUGAAGGACCUGGAGGACUCGCUGCUGCGGGAGCUGGCCACCUCCACGGGCAACAUGCUGGACAACGUGGAGCUGGUGCAGACCCUGGAGGAGACCAAGUCCAAGGCCACGGAGGUGUCGGAGAAGCUCAAGCUGGCGGAGAAGACGGCCGUGGACAUCGACCGGCUGCGGGAUGGCUACCGGCCGGCGGCGCGGCGGGGCGCCAUCCUGUUCUUCGUGCUGUCGGAGAUGGCGCUGGUGACCACCAUGUACCAGUACUCCCUGAGCGCCUUCCUCGACGUCUUCGGGCUGUCGCUCAAGAAGUCGCUGCCCGACUCUGUCCUCGUGAAGCGGCUCCGGAACAUCAUGGACACGCUGACCUUCAACAUCUACAACUACGGCUGCACAGGGCUGUUUGAGAGGCACAAGUUACUCUUCUCCUUCAACAUGACCAUCAAGAUAGAGCAGGCGGAGGGGAGGGUCCCCCAGGAGGAGCUCGACUUCUUCCUGAAAGGAAACAUCUCCCUGGAGAAGAACAAGCGGAAGAAGCCCUGCGCAUGGCUGCCCGACCAGGGCUGGGAGGACAUCAUGCUCCUGUCGGAGAAGUUCGCCGAUCACUUCGGGAGCCUCCCCGACGCCGUGGAGCAGAACCCCACUGUCUGGCAGGAGUGGUACGACCUGGACUCGCUGGAACAGUUCCCCUUCCCCAUGGGCUACGACAGCAGCAUCACCCCCUUCCAGAAGCUGCUCAUCCUGCGCUGCUUCCGCGUGGACCGCGUCUACCGCGCCGUGACCGACUACGUGACGGUCAUCAUGGGGGAGAAGUACGUGCAGCCCCCGAUGAUCAGCUUCGAGGCCAUCUUCGAGCAGAGCACCCCGAACUCGCCCAUUGUGUUCAUCCUGAGCCCCGGCUCCGACCCUGCCAGCGACCUCAUGAAGCUGGCCGAGCACACUGGCUUCGGGGGAAACCGCCUCAAGUUCCUGGCCAUGGGCCAAGGCCAGGAGAAGGUGGCCCUGCAGCUGCUGGAGACGGCCGUGGCCCGCGGGCAGUGGCUGAUGCUGCAGAACUGCCACCUCCUGGUCAAGUGGCUGAAGGACCUGGAGAAGUCGCUGGAGAGGAUCACCAAGCCCCACCCCGACUUCCGCCUGUGGCUCACCACCGACCCCACGGAGGGCUUCCCCAUCGGCAUCCUGCAGAAGUCCCUCAAGGUGGUCACGGAGCCGCCCAACGGGCUGAAGCUCAACAUGAGGGCCACGUACUUCAAGAUCUCGAACGAGAUGCUGGAGCACUGCCCGCACCCCGCCUUCAAGCCGCUGGUGUACGUGCUGGCCUUCUUCCACGCCGUGGUGCAGGAGCGCAGGAAGUUCGGCAAGAUCGGCUGGAACGUCUACUACGACUUCAACGAGUCCGACUUCCAGGUCUGCAUGGAGAUUCUGAACACGUACCUGACCAAAGCCUUCCACCAGCGCGACACGCGGAUCCCGUGGGGCAGCCUCAAGUACCUGAUCGGAGAGGUCAUGUACGGAGGCCGGGCCAUCGACAGCUUCGACCGCCGCAUCCUGACCAUCUACAUGGACGAGUACCUGGGCGACUUCAUCUUCGACACGUUCCAGCCCUUCCACUUCUUCCACAACAAGGAGGUGGACUACAAGAUCCCCGGGGGCGCGGCCGACCCCAAGGAGCGCUUCGUGGAAGCCAUCGAGGCCCUGCCGCUGGCCAACACGCCCGAGGUGUUCGGUCUCCACCCCAACGCAGAGAUCGGCUACUACACGCAGGCCGCCCGGGACCUGUGGGCUCACCUGCUGGAGCUGCAGCCUCAGACAGGGGAGUCGAGCACCGGCAUCAGCCGAGAGGACUACAUUGGCAACGUGGCCAAGGACAUCGAGAACAAGAUGCCCAAGGUCUUCGACCUGGACCUGGUGCGCAGGCACCUGGGCGGGACCAUCACCCCCACGGCGGUGGUGCUGCUGCAGGAGCUGGAGCGCUUCAACAAGCUGCUGAUCCGCAUGUCCCGCUCGCUGGCCGAGCUGCAGCGGGCCCUGGCCGGGGAGGUGGGCAUGAGCAGCGAGCUGGACGACGUGGCCAGGUCGCUGUUCCUGGGGCACAUCCCGCACAUCUGGAGGAAGCUGGCCCCCGACACGCUCAAGUCCCUCGGCAACUGGAUGCUGUACUUCCUGCGGCGCUUCAGCCAGUACACGUACUGGGUCACGGAGUGUGAGCCCAACGUGAUGUGGCUCUCGGGGCUGCACGUGCCGGAGUCCUACCUCACGGCCCUGGUGCAGGCCACCUGCCGGAGGAACGGCUGGCCCCUGGACCGCUCCACCUUGUUCACGCAUGUGACCAAGUUCCAGGACGCAGAGGAAGUGACCGAGCGGGCAGGACAAGGGUGCUUUGUGUCGGGACUGUACCUGGAAGGCGCGGGCUGGGACCUUGAGAGAGGCUGUCUGGUCAAGAGCAAGCCCAAGGUGCUGGUGGAGGACCUGCCCAUCCUGAAGAUCAUCCCCAUCGAAGUCCACCGCCUCAAACUGCAGAACACCUUCCGGACGCCCGUCUACACCACCUCCACCAGAAGGAACGCCAUGGGCGUGGGCCUGGUCUUCGAAGCCGACCUCUUCACCACGAGGCACAUCUCCCACUGGGUGCUGCAGGGCGUGUGCCUCACCCUCAACUCUGACUGACCGGCGAAGGGGCCCGUGCGGCGCUGGCCGGCCACGCCGCUCGGGCUUCUGAGGGCAGGAGGGCUUUUCCUCCGCUGGGAGUCGGCCGUUUGAGUCCCUUCCCACAUGAACCCAGCUGCCGGCUUUGCUGUUGAAGCUUUUAUAAGGGUUUAAGAGAAAGUAAAUCUAAAGGAGAGCGUUUUGAGAUGUUGAGGGUUUCCUUCUCUGUCUCAGAGGAAACACUGGAUUAAG